AUGUCAGACUCGCCUUGGAAUGCCGCCCCUGUACCUGAGCAGAAGCUACAUCUCCCUAAGCCCGCAGCCCCCGUUAUCAAUGCAAAGAAGGAGGAGCACACUGUGUGGAACGCUGCACCCAAGCCGAACGCUAGUACGGCCGAAAAGAUAAAAGAUAAAACGCGGAACGCUUUGGAGGACGCUAAGGAUCUUAAGGCCAAGGUUACAAGUACUGUCGAAGGGUACAAGAAUGACAGCGUCGCUAAGGUGAAGAAAAUAAAUGAAGAGCGAAAAGUGGCCAGAGAAGACAAGAAGAAGGAAAAAAAGGCCGAGGAGUCUGCGGGUGCCUGCGGCUUCUGCGGUUGUACCAUUAUGUAA